CCCUUGGCAAAGGCAAGUAAUAGCGCGUCGGAGCAGACAUUAUACUACUUCUACAAUAAGCGUUUCAUGGUUUUGAUGUUUAUACAUUUGUUUUAGUUAUAUAAAAAUAAACGUAAGUGUGCUGUUGCUCUCUGUUGUAAGACUGUCACGACCAGAAGAAAGUUUAUAUCGAAACCAAAUCAAGCGAAAGCCUUUAACCCACUUAUAUUAAAAGGUAGGCCUACAGUACCUGCACCGUAUGACAUUACACCGAAUUAAAACGGUAUCUGGACCUUGCCUUGUUUCAUAUUCCACAGCUAGAAAUGCUGGCUAACAAAGUGGGCAAACAGCUGGGUCACCCCACGUAUUCUUUAACUGGAUGGUUGGUGAGCAAGUUCUUUAAAUGGAACAAUCAGAUUUUGGAGGAGAAUGCUGUGAAACUGUGCAACAUACAACCCAACGACACUGUGCUAGAGCUCGGUCAUGGGCCAGGCUUCGGUCUGCAGGCGGCAGCGCAGCUCCUCACGGCUCCGGAGGGGAAACUGCUUGGUGUGGAUUACUCUCAGUACAUGCAUGAGAUGGCCAUCAAGCGCAUGAAGGAGCAGAUCUCCAGAGGAAAGGCUGUGCUGUAUUGCAGUGAUUUGGUGGCAAUGCCGAUCGAGGAAAACACGGUUGACAAGGUGUUUCACUGCAACUGUUAUUACUUCUGGCCGGAUCUGAAAGCAGGAGCGCGAGCGAUCCACAGAGUGAUGAAACCAGGUGGAACUAUGGUCACAGCUCUCAGGCUUGAUAGUGUUAAGAAAGUAGCCUCAAAGAACAUGUUUAGCGGGGAGAGCUGGCGUCCUGAGGUCUACAUGGAAACACUGCAGUCCUCCGGAUUCACAGAUGUCCGAAUGGAGAAUAAAAGAGAGAAACUCAUCACAUUUCAAGCUAUUUUUGCCACUGCUGUGAAAUGAAUUCCUGUGUGAUGUAAUAUAUGCCCUUUCUCACUUUAAUGAUUGAAUCUGAAUUAGAUAAAUCAAACAAGAGUAAAUAUUGCCAAUGACUUUAUAUAUUGUAUCUACAGUAUAUGAGAUGCAAACAUUUCUGAAACAAUAACAAAAAUUACUUGCAAAACUAUUGUUUUGACUAACAUUAGGUAUUAUGAAAAAUGUAAACACAAAAAAAGAAAAGAAAUAUAUAUAUAUAUAUAUAUAUAUAUAUAUUAAAAAAUUUUAGUUUCAUGCAAUUUGUAUUUUGAUUAAUCACAAUUAAUCAAAUUGUUAUGCACAAAACUAAUAAUGCAUUCAAAGGUAGUGUAUUCUGCACUUUUUUUUUCAUUUAAAAUUAGGCCUACUGCUAUAUGAACAAAAGAGUAAUAACAUUUAGUUUGCAAAUACUUUAAAUAAAGUGCUUUUAACAGCUGUAUUCUCUUUACAUGGUAGCAGUUAAAAUAACUAUUGUAGCCUAAAUCUCAACUUAUAACAUUAAUGUAAUUAUAUUAAAUAUAAAACAAGCUAUUUGUCACUGCCAGGACAUCAAAGCUUUUAUAGAAAAUUACAGAAAAACAAGUUAUAGUCGGAGUCCAGAGCCUCGAUCAUAACAUUAUAACAGGCAUCUUCCUAUUAAAGACCUGCACAAUCACAGGACCCAUCGCAGCAGAGAGUGGCGCGGGACAGGAGCACGGUUCAGUUAUAUAUAGAUCAGUGAGUGUGAGCGCACGCUAUCUUCUGAUACGUGUUGCAUGAUUGCGUGAAUAUUUCUGAGCAGUAAAAGCUAUAGAUCAGUAAAGCAAUGUAUUGUGAGAAGGACAUGUGUUACUGCCUCUCAUACGACUCAAAAUAAUAAACCACAAAGUUAACAAAUAGAUUUACUCCACUGUGUUGAGCGAGAGCACUUCUUCAGUAACUUCCUAUUUCCAAUCUAUCAAGUCAAGAUUACGAGCUCUUUCUUUUCUGUUAAAAUAACAGUGGACAGUGGUCUGUGAAUGUUGAAGCUUAGCCUAAAUAAUUUGAUCGGGAGCAUUCUGUGACCCAUGAUUUGUCUGUAUGUGUACUCAGAGUCAGUGAGCAACGGACUUUCAUAAUAAUAAAAAAAACUGCAUUAUUGCACAAUAAAAUAAUUGUUGGAGUUAAUCACUUAAUGCGUACAUGUGUAUAUA